UUCUUUGACGCCAUGUUUCUUUCCCCCCACCGGACCUCAGUGACGCAAGUGGAGUGCCAACUUAAAAUAUUAGUUUAAGGUUAAUAAUUACGUUGAGCGCUUGAGCAAAAACAUUUGCACGGUUGAGCAAUGUAUCACAUGGAAGUUGAAACUGCUGAAGCAGCUCCAGAAAACAUGGAUGAUGGAGGGAUGUACGCAAGCAACCGCAACACCAUCAAGACAGAUCUCUGUUUGCUGCUGGAGUGUGUGAAGUUCCAAAUGAACUGUCCGGAUCUGCAAAAGCAAGCCCUCGUCACGAUCGGCUCCAUAUGCAAGAAGAAAGAGCACAGUGUGGAGCUGUUGAGAGAAAUGGGAGGCGUGAUAUUUGUGUACAACCUUUUCAAAUCCAGUGUUGUUCAUCCGUCUGUGAGGCAGACUGCACUCUAUACACUUUGCAUACUUGCAGAGACGAGCGUGUCCUGCAAGAAUAGCCUGUGCCGAAAGGAGAUGUUCCUGGAGCUCGGUAGCUACUUGUUGGAAGAAGAUGCCUCCCUUAAACAGAAGAGCGUCUCCGUCUAUUUGCUGUCUGUGUUGGUAACCGACAACAAGGCAGGGCAGACUUUAGCCCGAACCACCGGCUGCAUACACGUUCUGCUGAACCUCUUCAGAAACAUGUUCCCCGAACCUACCGCGGACUCUGCUCACAUUUGUCUGUGGACAUCAGUGGCAAAUGCUCUCUGUGGAUGUGUCAACAACCCGCAGAAUGAGGAGAUUCAGCGCAUCUGCAUGUCGUCCUUUCCCAACAUAAAAAUGUGGCUUCAGCAGGUUUCUUUGCCUUGCUUUGAAGUCUUCCGGUACCUCUGCUUCUUCAUCACCAUGACGGUUGCCAACAAUGCGUGUGUUCAGGAGAGCUUUGCAGCAACCGGGUCGUUAGAGAUCUUUGUUCUCCUGCUGAUCCGUCUGGCUUCCGAAUCCGACACAAGCCUGUCGUCCGGCCCGUUUUUAUUAAUGAUAAUCAAGACCACGACAGCUUGUAUCGCGAACAGCGCAAGCUUGGCUUUAGUUUUGGCCCGCUACACCCUAGCGGGUCAUCUCGUCUCCGUGCUGGCCAGUCCGCACCUCAGCUGCGACGACAGACUGGCCGCGCUCAUCUUGCUGGGUCAUUGCACCGGAGCUUCUGAGGAACACCAGCGUCAGCUGGUGCAGUCCGGCGGUCUGCCGCUUCUCAUCACGCUGCUUGCCGAAGAGACGGACGAGGAGGUCAGGAAGUUUGCUAUGUUCAUUUUGCAGACCUGCAAACAGGCUAUCGCGUCCUUAGAAAUCUCUGGUCAAAAGCAAGAGGAAGAUGAGAAACCUGACACGCAAGCCGCCGAAGACUUUGCCGUAUCUUCUCCUCCUCCGUCAUCACUGCUGCAGCAAGGAUGUCGCCCGUCGCCAGACAACUCCAGGACCCGCAGUGUCUUUAAACUGCUGGAUUCCUCAAAUGUAUUCGACAUGAAGGAGAAAGAGGAAGCAUGUGAAAAUGCUGAGAAAGAAAACCCUGAAAGCAGCAGUAGGAGCGCGUCGUGUUCAGUGUGCCGCGGUACUGGAUCUCUAAUGCAGUCCCAAGUACAGCCACUAGAGGGAGGCAGAGAUGCACAUACAGUGGACAGUUCGCAACUGAAAUCUCCAGAGCGAGGGCACCAUGUACGGAGGGCUGUUAAAUGCAGCGAUGGAGAAGAGUUGCAGGAAAGUGACAUGUUUGGGGUGAAACGGCGAGGAGAAGAACAAUCCCACUACAAUGAAAGAUGCGCAGGUUGCGUGAUACCUUUUGAGAAAGUCACCAGUCGCACUUUUGGAUCCGUCCUGUUCUCCUGCCGUCAGAAGUGCGACAUGCACAAGGUCCUUCUCGAGGCGACGGAGCUCUUCAUGGCUCCCCGCCGUCGCGCGCUGUCAGAGGGCGAGAAGGGAGCGGCGGGACCGAGCCGCCCGAAACCCGAGGGGGAGUCGGCGGGAGCGCCCCGGGGAACCCCCGCAAACUGGAACGUUCCGUCUUCCGAUUUAAAAAAUUUCAACAUGACUCCUUUCAGUCACGCAGCAAAGCCUGGAAGGAUUGCAAAGAGGCGCAAUGAAAUCAACUUGACCCCAACGCAAAGAGGAGCAAAAGCGCCGAAGUUUUCAUAGCAGAAAAGUAAAGCCACGGGACGCUGACUGUGCGCAAGACCCUGAACUAAAAGCCGCUAACCUUUCAUCCAUCUCCAAAAGAACCGUUUUUUUGCACUGCAGUUGAUCUCUGAAUGUUCUCCUGUUAACUGUCAUUUUGUUGUCGUUCUAAUGUUAUAUAAACUAGUUCUGUUUCAGCGUAGACAUUCUUCAUUGUCUUUGUUGUUAAUUCUGAAUGAAACGACAUGUUUAAGCCUCGCCUGUGAACGCCCGUCGACUUGUAUACGACUACAGUAUCUGGUUCCAUCUAAUGCCAAGUUUUGAUCGACACUCUCAUGGAAGUUUAUCUGCUGCGGUUUGCAGCAGGUAUUGUCUCUUCCUCCCACGUUCUGACAACAAGCAUGUGAGGAUAAUUAAAGAUUCUAAAUUUGCCACAAGUGUGAAUCGUUAUUGGUCCAUAUAUCCUCUGAGGUUGAUUCGAGCGAGUACUCCAGGGUGUACGUACCUUGCCAAAGUUGCAGUCCAACUCACCCGUGACCCUGAACAGGGUCAGUCGAUUGAUGGUACGUGACUGCCGUCAGCAACUGCUCAUCUAGUUCCAAGAGACUUUGAACUCUUUGUGAGAAUCAACUGUGGCCCAAUUUAGGUGAAUCUGAUCAUCCGUUCAUAUUGUGCAGAAAAACUCGGAUAAAAAGUACACAAGAAAUCGGCGUUGUCUGAUAACAGGACGACAGUUCCGACAUACUCGGGUUCCAAAGUUACAAAUGACGCGCGCUC